UUCUUCAUUUCUGAAGAUAAGAUUAAGCGUCAUCGACAACCACUAUAUCAGUUCAUUCAAGACGAAUUAAACCAGGUGGGAAGCGCAGGGCUACGCUAAAGUGACCACUCGUGCAGCAGGCACAAGGCCGGUACACGAAAACGCGAAUGGUAAGAAUAUCAUUCGCGUUUCCGCAUCGCUGGCUUUGCACCUGCUGGCCGGCGAUCUUGCUGGCCUUAAACAUACGAAUAACUGACUCCCGUGCAGAUCUCAACGACUGGAUCCAAAAGCAAGGAAUCGACAUCAGCAGCCUGGGGUCGGGACGGCCUCCGAUCCUGAGGGGUGCCCCGGCACUCCUGUUCCCUGGUAGCCGGACGUAUAACCUGCCGCUGCCCUCCGUCCCUCUGGUGUCUGGCUACGGGUGCGCCGUGCGGAGAAGGCUCUAGAAUUUCGCCCAGCUCUCGAGCGUCGAGAAGUGCAAGGUGAAGCGGGAACAAUCGGCGGACAACGCGGUGCCCAACUUGAGCACCCUGAACGUCCCUUUCGGCCGCGGCAUCACGGUCUCCCGGAUGGCUGGACGCGCCGUGAUACGCACGGUCGACAAGGCGGACCCGAUCCAGAGGGAUGUCCACACGUCCGUGUUCAACAACUCGCUGCUGCUGGACCUCCACCUGGUGAUGCACGGCCAGGACGUGUUCUAUGGUUUUCCAGCUACCUGGGAAACCGCCAGAAUCAAGAGAGCACGUGGAGGUUCCACGAGGACAUCACGCAGCUGCAACGGUUGGGCACGGCCAUCAACACGACCGUGCACCAGAGCAAGACGGAAGAGGGAGCCCGGACGUGACGAUCCACACGGCGCACGCCAUCCUCAACAUCCGCUACGGCACGGCGCCACACCGCGAGCGCCUGCGGCUGUUGUGGCACGCCAAGAAACACGCGGUGAGCCAACGCUGGGCGCAGGAGCGGCAAGUCCUGCUCACCGACCAGCACGGCGGUGCCCUCGGCUGGACCGACAAGGACAAGGAGCACAUCCUGCGCACAGGCUCGGUGCCCGGAUACCGCGAGGACUACUACCAUAACGUCGACUCCUUCCCCGAACUGGCGGACGACCCGUCGAACAUUGUGUUUCGGAAAGUGACGAGGAAGAGGUGAUCUACUGCAGAGUGAGCACGUUAUUACGAGUGGCCGUGGUACGUCGUCGUGUGACCUUGGCGUGAAGUUUGGUGAAGUGUGGUUGUGACACUACGGAGAUGUUCAUGGGCG